AUGGAAACUGUUCGAAAUAUUCAGAAUCCAAUACCUCCAGCGCUUUUGAAGCCUUCGAAAUGGCUUUCUAUAUAUGAGGACUUUGUCACCAAGAAUGCGAGCUCGGUUGGUCAAGUCGAGUCCGCGCUGAGGUCCCUGACGUAUAUCAUUCCAGGGCGAUAUCGUGAAUCAGAGAUACCCUCAGAAUGUGCGCGCCUACUGACACCUACUGCAGUUCACUCCGGCGUCCAGUUGUUAUCGCUAUACCAUGAUUCUCUGGUGUCGAAAGUCGUUGAUCGGCUUCCAUCAACCGUUCCCCGACCGCCGCCAACACCCCACACCCGGUAUACCAAAUAUUGGACUUCUCGGUCUUCGCUGUAUCGCAAGGUAGCACUUGCACUUCAGAUGCUUCAAUACACCGAGCUUCUCUGGGAGAUGGCGGCAAGGCGGCGCGGUCAAAAGACUCGUUGGCGCGUAGUUGUCUUCAUUGAAUUUGCAAAGGCAAUUUGCCGCUUGCUUCUUCUCCGGUUGACCAAUUCCAGACCCCUCGUCAGCCCACCCCUGCCGGAGCGCGAGGUAGACCCCAGGACAGCAGAAGAGGAGGAACCACAGAGCGACUGGAACGGAAUGGACACUCCCGUGAGUGACCGAUCUUCAGACCUGAGCUGGACGAUGCCUCGCACCGGAUUAUCCCUUCCGUCUCUCCCUGAGGUGAAUGACGUGUCCAACUAUCUCAUCUCCAAGGUGCUCACAGCGGAUGAUAUCAAACCCCCGAAAGCGCUUCUUCAUCGGGCCACGGGGCAAGGACAGCUGGCUGAAGUCUUAUACAUUCUCCGGCCUGUUGCCUAUGCAAUGGCGAUGCAGAAGUGGAGUAAGGACAAGCGAAGCUGGCGGCCAUGGCUCAUUGGAUUUGGAAUGGAGUACGGUUGUCGCCAGCUCGCGAAGCGGGACUUCCGCGAGAGGGUCGCCGGUGGUCUUCGGGGACUCACAGGACUUGAGCGAGAGGAACUCAAGAAGCGUGGUUGGUCAAUGGGUUGGUGGAUGAUGCGAGGCGCAUUCUAUGAAAACAUCACCAAGUCCUGGCUACACAGCAUCACCGGAAAGAUGAAAGGCAAACCAAUAUUGGACUUAGUGGGUAGUAUCAUGGAGGACUAUGAGUAUCUCUGGGACAACUUCUACUUCUCGACUGCUACACUUUGA